GCCACAAUCAAGAUUCUCAAGAACAUUGAGGCACACAACCCCUUUUUCCUUUGCUCUCAAAUCUUUUCAGUUGAUUGCUCUUCAUGCUACCUGAACAAUGUCAUCUUCGCAUUUCUACACCCCCUUACAAACAUCGCGGACGAAGGAAUUGCGUCUCGUGACGCUCCUUCCAGCACCCACGAAAGACGCCACAAUCGAGUGUACCUUGAGCAUCGGCAACCUCGAAGAUCGACAGCUGCAUUACGAAGCGCUAUCCUACGAAUGGGGUGACAUAAAUAGUCCCAAGCACGAGAUUCUGCUCGAUGGUCAACCUUUCACCGUCCGACGCAACCUCUGGCAGGCUCUGCGCUGUCUCCGGACAGAAUUCGCCGCGAGGACGCUGUGGGUCGAUGCAAUUUGUAUCAAUCAAGAGGAUGUUUUAGAACGGAAUCAUCAGGUGGGUAUGAUGAGCAGCAUCUAUACUUUCGCAUCUUCGGUGCGGAUUUGGCUUGGUGAGAGGGGCGGCAAUAGCCGGGAGGCAAUCUUGCUGCUUCAUGAGAUCUGGGAAUCGUUUCGGGAGGUAUCUAGGCCUAGCAAAGAGGUUGUAGAGAAGAAAAAGGCGCCGCGGAAGAAAUUAGCUGAGAACGCGGAGCCCGCAACACUGACAGGAAGCCGCGACUCGUUUAAAAAGCUUUCUGUGUUUCCAAUUCAUAGAGGCGAACCGUUCGAGUCCUCAAGGGAAUUGUUGGUUCAAGAAAGGCGCGUGGGGUGGUGGAAUAGGUUGUCCCUUCGUUCUGAGCCUGUCGCCCCAUGGGAAGGAGUAGCAGCGCUGGUCGAACGAACAUACUGGAGCAGAAUCUGGAUUGUUCAGGAAUAUCUCCUAGCUUCCGAGACGGUUGUUCAGUGCGGCUGGGAUUACAUGGAUGGAAAGCGCUUCGAUGAGGCCGUAUCAAUAGUCGGUGAGCUUUUCGAGCUCAGAAAAGCCGAUCAUCGUCAACCGGCACCUUUGAUUCAAAACUGUCUGGAGAGAAUUGCCAAAAGUCCAGGCAUCAAGAUUCCGAGAAGCAGGGUUUCGGAUAACCAGCGAACGUUGCUAGAGUUGAUGGAGACCUGCAGGACAUCCAAAUCUUGUGAUCCUCAUGAUAGGAUCUAUGCCAUUUUGGGCUUGGCGGAUGAUAUCCCGCCGGCAGCAAUCUUGGUGGACUAUGAGAGGGAUAUUUUCAAGGUCAAGGUCGAUGUGGCAUGGUGGUAUUCUACUAGGUCUGGAUUGAAAUCUCAUCCAGCUUCUGUGUCUCGUGUUUGUUCUCUGUUAGAUGAAAUUUUUGUGGAUUGUGAAGAUGAGGAAUAGCUGAAUACGAUCCCCCAUCUCUAAUAUUGUCACGGCCUGGACAAGCUGUGGAAGUGGAAAUGUAUGUGUUUGUGUAAAUAUAUGUAUGAAUGGUAGUGCCCUAAGGGCGGUGAAGAAGCUAUAUAUAUGCCUGUGCGCAGCACGUGACAAAUAUUGUGCUGAG